AUGUCCACUAUAUUCGACAUCAAGGAGCAUGUUGUGGACGCUCAACACAUCCGAGAAUACCCUCGAGCAACGGCGCACUCACAAGAGGAAGUGCUCCAGCUCGCAGUAAAACAAUACAUCCCAAAGGACAACCGAAACCCAAAGCCAGGAGACAUAACCAUCAUCGCCUCUCAUGCUAAUGGCUUCGUCAAGGAACUAUACGAACCCCUAUGGGAGGACCUCCUCCAAGCCAUCCGCCAAAAAGGCCUCAACAUCCGCGCCAUCUGGAUGGCCGACAUAGCCUGGCAGGGCGCAAGCGGGGUGCUGAACGAGGCGCGGCUGGGCAACGACCCGUCGUGGCUGGACCACGCGCGCGACCUGCUGCACCUGACCAACGUGUUCCGCGCGCAGAUGCCGCGGCCGCUCGUCGGCGUGGGCCACUCGUUCGGCGGCAACAUCAUCGCCAACGUGAGCCUGAUGCACCCGCGCCUGUUCAGCGCCCUCGUCAUGGUCGACCCGGUCCUGACGCUCGAGCACGGCGCCGGGCCCCUCUACGGCUUCGGCACCCUGCGCGCGUCCGCCGGCCGGAGGGACGUCUGGCCCAGCCGCGCCGAGGCCGAGCGCGGCGUGCGGAAGAACAAGUUCUACGCCUCGUGGGACCCGCGCGCCGUCGACCGCCUCGUGGCGUUCGGCUUCCGCGACUGCCCGACGAGGCUGCACCCCGACGCCCGGGGCGGCGAGGUCACGCUGACUACCACCAAGCACAUGGAGUGCCUGACGUACUACCGCCCCACGCACCAGGGCCCGCGCGACCCGGCCACGGGCGAGAGGGCCUUCGACAGGUUCCUGAUCGCCGACGCGACGGAUGACAUCGAGAACUACCCCAACUUCCCGUUCUACCAGCCGCCGACGCCCACGACGGCGCGGCGGCUGCCCGAGCUGCGGCCCGGGGUGCUGUGGGUGGCGGGGAAGGACAGCGUGGUGUGCACGCCCGAGGUGCGCAAGGAGAAGAUGGAGAUGACGGGGUACGGCGUGGGCGGGAGCGGGGGCGCGAGGGCGGGCCGGGUCAAGGAGCUCGUGGUCGAGGGGACGGGCCACCUGGUGGCGAUGGAGAAGCCGGCGGAGGUCGCGGCGGGGGCGGCCGAGUUCAUCAGCGGGGAGAUGGAGCGGUGGAGGAGGGAGGAGGACGAGUACAGGCGGUGGGUGGAGGGCACGGACGAGAGGACCAAGACCAUGAUGGACGACGACUUCAUGGCGCUUGUCAAGAGCGUCGGUCCCGAGGCGAACAGGAGGAGGGACGGGACGAUGAGCCCGCUCAAGCCGAAGUUAUGA